GAACAGGCUCAAAGUUGAGGGAACAGAAAAAAAAUACAGGAAGAGCUGAGCUGAGACUCCACGCUAGUGUAACCCGAUCUGGAGCAACCCACAAAUAUGCUUCCUGAGUGUGCGAUUGCUUAGAUUCUUGUCAAAUCUGGAUUCUUUAAAAGAAAUGUUCCUCUUUUGAGUCAAGGGUUGUACGAUGUUCUCAUUUUUCAAGUCGUUUCUACCAACCUCCUACUUCCUACCGGGAUGGUUGAUCCUAGAUACAAACCCAGUGGAUAGUUUACUUCAAGGACUGGUAGGUGCAUGUGGGAUCUCUGUGCUGUGCUCCUUGAUGAGAGUACACUUGUUUUUAGUGGAAGAGAGCUCGAGUGAUGAAAGUGAUGAAGGAAGGAAGAGGGGGACGCCUUGCCGUGAGAGGAGAACUAAAACUGGACUUACUGGGAUGCUCCAGUUUUUCAUUGUGACUGGGAUACUGUCGGUUGUGGGCUCCCGUGUGGCGUCCUUGGUAGUGCUAGAAUUUUGUCUUCGGACUGUGUCCGGAUUGGUGACAUCUGGACAAGAGUACAGGACAUGUUUACGGCAAGUGUUGGUUCAAAGCCAGUUCUCAGUGGGCUGUGCUCUAAGCUGCAGUCUGCACUUUCUCCACGAGGGGGCGUCCCAGCGCUGGCUAUGUCUGCUCCUGGCAGCGGCACUCAGCUGGUUCCUGGCUCGGCAGGCCACCCGCCUGAUGCACCAUGUCAUGGCUCUGUACAAGCUGCACAGCUCGCAGCGCUACUGUGGCGUUUGCAUCAGCCUCCUCUCAUCAGGCCAGCUCCUGCUGCCCAUGCUGUGCAGGACAAUGAUCCUCGUCUUCAGCGUGGCUGCGGUGGCCUCUGUAUCAAUCAUCAAUCAACACUUCCUGUCUGCAACAGAGGCCCUCAGGUUCUGGACACCACUGACUAUCUGUUACACACUGUUGGUGGUGUACAUGCAGGACGCUCAGCACGGUGCGUCUGGCAGCGAGGUGGUGCUGAACACAGUGAUGGUGCGUCUCGGGGGCUUGAUGGUCCUGAUGCUGACGGUUGGACGCUGGGCUGACGUGCUCCACAUCCUAAUGUGUUUCCUGGGCGAGGCCAGCUGUCUAAUCCCCACUAUGGAUCUGCUGGAUGCAGCAUCCUCCUCACAGAUAUGAUGCAGAGGAUUAUUCAGAUGACGUCGAAAGAGAGCAUUGGAGACCUCGGGCUCAAGAGAAGGAGCAUGGGAGAAAGCAAGAGUGACUUUUACAACUAACUGCACUUCUAACUGACUGAUUUGGCGAUUCAUGCUUUUAUACUGUGAAUGUAAUAUUUUUCAGUGAGGUGCAUUUUCAACGUGUGAUGUUUUUCAAACUCAAACUUAGUACAAUAGUUAGCAGCUCAGUCUUGAUAUUAGAUAAAGAUGUACCCAGAACAGAAACUUGUUAUAUAUUUAUUUUGAUUUGGUUGAACAGCUUUCGUUGUCUCAAUGUGAAAUUGUUGUGGUAGCCUCAGUAUAUUCAGCCACGUAUAACUUUUAUCAAUAGGUUUUGGAGAUUGCUUUACUUGAUGUUCUUGACUGUUAUUAUCUUAUAAAUCACAUUUCCUUUCUGGUCGCUUCACUAACACAAACUCUAGCAACAAACCUGCAGGUUAGGAUGUUAUUCUAUGACUCGACAUGACCUCUUGGACAAAUUAGCACAGUAAUAUUUGAGGUAUUUUAGCCACCAACUCCUGGCUAGAUUCACUAUUAAAUAUUGUCCUUGUUGGAUUUAAAA